AUGAGUCGAGAUAAGGACAGGAAGAAAGGCUUCUGGAGGACCCUUUUCAGCUCAAAGUCAACAGCAGCACCCCGCGACAGUGGUGGUGCCUUCUCGGACACCGAAGAUAAUGGGGUGGUGAAGGGCGAGAAGCUGAAGCUGCGCCCGCGCAGAGCAAGUGAGGGUGAUAACUUGCGGCAAAAGGCCAACCCCUCAAAGUACUUCGAGCCUGCCAACGGUUCUCAGCCUCAUGCUCAGUCACGGAAUCGGCUCAAACGCCCUGUCUCUGACCCUCCGCCGCCAAAGGGCAAGGGCCGCCAGGUACCCAAUGGAAAUGGGCCGUAUAGCCCGCCCCAUACCCUGACGGAAUGGCCACCAUCGGGGUGCGCCAGCGACGAAGAGCUCAACCUCGGCCACGCGAUGGAGCUCAUAUGUCGAGGCGUCCCUGCUCACAGAGGCUUCAAGAGGCCAAUCCCGCAUCUCGCAGAUCACUUCUACUCAACUUAUGCCACCACAGCCGGCAAUCGAGGCGACGGCAACGAUGGUGUAAACCAGCACGACUCCAUGACCCAACUCAUGACCAUGAGACUGCAGGGGCCGGGACCUGCCACCUAUCCUUGGGAGACCAUAGAACAGCCCAGCUUUUCAUUCCAUUUCGGCGAGCGGCCGGGCACGGUCACGCUGAAUCAAUGGGCCUCCACUGCGAGCGCAUUCCCGCCUGCACUCAACAUACGUGAUUCCGGGGUGCAGCCCCGGGACGUGGACCUGGUGCGAAUAUUCGGGAGGCUGAAGGACCUGGAGGGUGGCCUCGAGGACGAUGACAUGGAGUACAUGUACAAGAAUCUCUACAGGAAACUUCUGAAGGACCCCGAUCGGAUGCUCAACCCUCACAAGACCCUCGACAAACAAAUCACCGAUCUCAUUCUCGUCCUCUCUCGGCCCGACCACUGGAUCGACUUCUCAAAUCCCAAAAACCACAUCAUUACCAGAUUCAUAUUCGACACAGGACAUGUGAACCACGACCAAUACGUCAAAUUCUUCCAUCAGCUGCUUCUCAGCAUGGAGCUAGAUUUGAGGAUACAUUCCAGGCAACACUCAGAAUGGGCAAAAGAGAAGCUCCUGGAGCAGCUCCCUCCAACUAUCCGGUGGAACCUCGCCCUCUCAAGGAGAUGGCGAGAUAAUGUUAGGAUAGAGGCAUACGGGAACACGGCAGAUCAAGUGAAGUUGCGCUUCAAACUUAAGCGGCGGCAGGUGAAAAUGAUCAAGCGUUUCGCGCAGAUGAUGAAGUGGCCAAACCUUGCCGAGACCCUAGCAGCGUUGAGGCAAGGAGACCAGGCCGCAAGCCUCGAUGCCGUCAGCUCCCAUGCUAUGGCCUUCUUCAGCGGUCUGGUGCUACCUGGGCCCACCUUUCCCUUUAUCAUGAUGAACGCAUUGAUCGAUAUCGAUCCGGACGAAGCCACCGACGACCUCGCUCUGCUCAUCCACCUCAAUCCUAACUGCGGUUUCCAAUACCGCAAUAGCUACACGUACUGGACCUCAACAUCAAUCGUCGGCAAAGUCCUUGGCCCCACCUGCCACGAGGUCGCCGGCUGGGUUGGGCCCGCAAGACCAACUCCGCACCUCAAGCGCUCACAAAUAGCGCGAAUACGAUCCCGGCGGCCCCGGCAACGCCUCAAGCUGGACGAUGUGACCUCGAUGUCCGAAAGAUCCGACCCGUUGGGACCACCUACCGAGGUAUUCCCUGUCAAGGAGUACGAGUUGGUGGCCCCCGAAAUUGACGAUAUCGUUGACACGGUGCGCAUCGAGCUGUUCACCCUGAAGCCCUGCGCGGACCGGGCAGGAGAGCCAGGGCCCAAGUGGUUUGACGCCGCGAUCCAGUUCGCCAUCGACGGCGUCUCUUGGCCACUGAGGCUGACAUACGACGUGAGCUUUAUCCACGCUUGGCCGUGCACCGAUGGGCCGCACCCGUUGUUCUUCGACUAUGCGCAUCAGACGGUCAAGGUGGAUGAGAUCAUCGAGAUUCGCGACUGGGCAGGGCUUUACGGACCAAAGAGCAGGGCGAGGCUGGACGGGAACGGUUAUGACCAUGGUUCGCGCAGUGAGUCGGAGUCGCCAGCCGGAGAGGGCUCGUCGAAGGGCGUCCCCGUGGCGAACGGCCACACCAAUGGGAACGGCUAUGACAGAGAUUACGAUGACGAGAAGGUCUUGGUUAUCGAGGCUUUUGGCGUGCCUGACAAUGAGGUCCUCGCGAGGGCCUGGUGUGCUCACUGGGGCAUGAGCGCGGUUGUAGCGGUUAUUGGAAAGACCUGCAUGGCAUGUGCCAUCCGGGAGGCCUACGCGGCGGCGUUGACAGUUCUCAUUCUAGUGGACGACCAGAUGGCUCCAUAUGACGACUGA